UCAUCCAUCAGUGCAUGAAUACUACGACCCAAAUGACUACAUGGGAGGAAUUCAUCAAGAAAUGGAUCGAGAUGAGUUGGAACUAGAGGAAGUAGAUUUACACAGAGUGAACAGCCAGGACAAGCUUGGCCUUACUGUGUGCUACAGAACAGAUGAUGAAGAUGACAUUGGUAUUUACGUGAGUGAGAUUGACCCCAACAGUAUUGCUGCAAAAGAUGGUCGACUCCGAGAGGGGGAUCGCAUUAUUCAAAUUAAUGGCAUAGAAGUACAGAAUAGAGAAGAAGCAGUAGCCCUUCUCACCAGUGAAGACAGCAAGAAUAUCUCCUUACUUGUCGCAAGACCAGAAAUUCAGCUGGAUGAAGGAUGGAUGGAUGAUGACAGAAAUGAUUUUCUGGAUGACUUGCACAUGGACAUGUUAGAGGAACAGCACCACCAGGCAAUGCAAUUUACUGCCAGCAUGCUUCAGCAGAAGAAGCAUGAGGAAGAUGGAGGUACCACAGAUACAGCCACGAUUUUGUCUAACCAGCAUGAGAAGGACAGUGGUGUAGGACGCACGGAUGACAGCACUCGGAAUGAUGAAAGCUCAGAGCAGGAAAACAACGCAGAUGAUCACACCACUUCCUCUAACACGUUAGGGAGCCAGAAGCAGCUGACAUACAGCCACGACACCCUGGGAAGCGGCGAGAUGCAGUUCAGCAAUGAGUCGUUCAUCUCGGCUGACUGCACAGACGUCGACUUCCUUGGAAUCCCGGUGGACGAAUGUGAGCGGUUCCGGGAACUGCUGGAACUGAAGUGCCAAGUGAAGUCUGCCAACCCUUACAAUCUGUAUUAUCACAACAGCACUCUGGAUAUGAGCAAAAGCGACCAAGAAAGUGUUGACAGAGAGUUGGAGAUGCUGAAUGAGGAGCUCCGCAAUAUUGAGCUCGAGUGCCUGAAUAUUGUGAGAGCUCAUAAAAUGCAGCAGCUGAAAGAGCAGUAUCGGGAGCCUUGGAUGCUGCAUAACAGCGGGUUCCGCAACUACAACACGAGUAUCGAUGUUCGCAGGCACGAGCUCUCAGACAUCACAGAGCUCCCCGAGAAGUCGGACAAGGAUAGUUCAAGCGCGUACAACACAGGGGAAAGCUGCCGAAGCACACCGCUCACCCUGGAGAUUUCCCCUGACAACUCCCUGCGCAGAACUGCAGAAGGCAUUAACUGCCAGAGUAAUGACGGGGUCAUGGCACAUAAUGCCUCCCAAAAGAAUUUAUUUCCUAGCUCAGAGAGCCAUGAAUCCAGCGCUGGUAAAUGCCAUUCCUCUCCUAAAGAUCCUGACCUCAGCAAGCAGCUGGAAAGCAAGGACAGAAAAGCCACUGAUGGAAACAGAAGCCCAACUCAUGGUCAGAAACCUUCUAGCUCCUAUGUCCCACCAUACCAUCAUUCUCCAUAUAAGCAUGCUCACAUCCCUGCCCACGCACAGCACUAUCAGAGCUACAUGCAGCUGAUCCAACAGAAGUCAGCCGUGGAAUACGCACAGAGCCAAAUGAGCCUGGUGAGCAUGUGCAAAGACCUGAACUCAAACCAGAGCGAGCCAAGGAUGGAGUGGAAAGUGAAGGUCAGAAGUGAUGGGACCCGUUACAUUACGAAGAGGCCCGUUAGGGACAGGCUGCUGAGAGAACGUGCCAUAAAGAUUAAGGAGGAGAGAAGCGGCAUGACGACUGAUGAUGAUGCCAUAAGUGAAAUGAAGAUGGGUCGUUACUGGAGCAAAGAAGAGAGGCGGGAGUUCAUGAUGCAGAGCAGGUUGGAUUGUUUAAAGGAACAGCAAGGUGCAGAAGAAAAGAGAGAGAUAAAUAUCAUUGAACUGAGCCACAAAAAAAUGAUGAAGAAGAGAAAUAAAAAAAUAUUUGACAAUUGGAUGACAAUCCAAGAACUGUUAACCCACGGAACAAAGUCACCAGACGGCACACGAGUGUACAAUUCUUUCCUGUCAGUGACUACUGUAUAAUCACCCACUGCUAAAUUAUGUACAUAAAACGCUACCAUUGCGGUAGAAAUCAAUGCCUCGUUCAAUGUGGCAAGUUUUUUUUGUAUAUAAGACAGUCAUCAAGUUUAUAGUUCAAAUACUGAACUCGACAAUUGUGGGUGCCAGGAUCUCCAUUAUAAAGUGGAGAGAAAGCCUGCACAUCUCCUUCAAAGGCAAUAUUAGCAAAGCUUUUUUGGAAUAUUGAUUGUACUUUUUUACUUGUUACCUUUUACAUAAAGUGUUUAAAUAUCAGAAAUGUAUUAACCAUACUUACACAGGUAAUUUGCUUAAACUGUAUUCAUAUAAAAAAGUACACAUGCUUUUCUUUGCCUAAAAAACCCACAAGAGUAACUGCACAUAUGUAUUUUUUGUGAAGCCAUGUUUUGUGAUAUUAUUUUGCUGUUGUUCACUUCUACAGAGUGCUGUUUAUCAGUAUUUAGCUCAAGGUUUAAGCUCAGAAUUAUUGAAUUCCUGAUAGAGUCAUUCUCUUUUAAUACUUAACUUGUAUCAAGCAACAGUCUUUAGAGUUAUCAUCAACAUUUAAACAUUUUUCUUUUUAAGGUUUUUAAAAGAAGUAUGUAGGUUUCAUCUCAAAAGCCUGAAGCAAGUAGACUGCAGCUUUAAAGGACUUGAAAGCAUGUUUGCAAAUGUUGCAACCUUUUGAAAAAAAAUGUGCAUGUACAGCUAAUUUGUUUAUAUAAGACAGUUUGUGUAAUUUGAAAUGGCCAUGGUAGUAACUGUUUGCUUUAUAGAUUUGAAUGUACUGAAUUAUAAAAGCAGCUUCACGAAAUCAUCAUUAGCUACAAAUAUUAACAAGUAAAAUGAAGUAAAAUAAAUUAUUGUUUUAUAUUUCAAA